CAUGUGUUGAUAACAAUUAUGUACAAUUGUAUAUAUUUAUAAAUACGUUAAGCAGUUGGAGCACAAUUUGUUGACAUUAGAAUUUUUUGAGUGGACAAUGUUUAAAAAAAAUAAAAAUAUUAGAUGUUAAAAGAGAUAUUACGUCCGUUAUUUACAGUUUGUUUGUUGGUACAAUGGAAAUUUUAAAGUUAUAGGAGAAGUGAAAAGUAUAUUGAAAAUGGAUAGCGAGAUAAAAAGUCCUGACUUACGUUCGAGUUCCUCUUCAGAAACCGAGUUGCGCAAACGUACUCAAACGCUGGCAAAUCAGUCUAAAAAUUUGCAUUUUAAAGCAGAUACUAUUGAAUACAAGGAGAGACAACAUCAACAACGAAAUGGCCACAAGGAAAACGAAUUUUAUCUGAUGUUCCCUUCUGCCCAUAAAAAUUCUUAUCAGCUUACUCAAACGCCUCCGAUAAAAACACCAACCACAAUUACGUCAGCAGAAACGACAAGUAAAACAGCGACAGUAUUAAUGAACUCAAAUCUGAAUGUUGGUAUCACUAUGAAUCGCCGUUUCAGUGAAAGUUCGGCAGAUGACUUGUACAGAAGUGAAAAAUCAACUAAGCGAGCUACUUUAAAUAAAAUCAUGGACUAUAAGAAUUGCGAUAAUACUAAUAACACCAACGCUCAGCUCUAUAAUAGAGGAAAAUGUCCGCGAUUCUCUAACAAUGACGAUGAUGAUGGGGAAGGCUGUUGUUGUUUUGAUGGGGGCAAAGGAAAAAAACGCUUAAGUGACGCUAUCGAUGUCGGAAUACGUGUUAUGCUAGUAUUUAUUUUUAUAUCGCUGGAAAUAACAAAACCAUUCAAACGAAAAGUUCAUCCUGAAGAGAUGUGGUUGUACAAAAAUCCUCGCACGCCAGAUAUAGUUUCAGCUCAGACACUAAUAUUAUCUGUGAUAUUUGGUCCAUUAUUUGUAACAAUGUUUCAUUUGUGGCUGACGGGAGAUCGGCGUGACUUUCGGGCAGCAAGCUGGGUUUGGACUUUAGCGCUUGGAUUAAAUGGUUUUGCAACAAGUCUGUUGAAAAUAACAGUCGGGCGCCAUAGACCUGAUUUUUUUUACCGCUGUUUUCCUAAUGGUAUUGUAGUAAUCAACAACGCCACCGAUUCAAAUGGUUCGCUGGACUAUUAUAAUUGCACAGGUGACUUACGUGAAAUAAGUGAGGGUCGUAAGAGUUUCCCCAGCGGUCAUGCUUCAUUUUCUUUUGUUGGUUUAGGCUUCAUCGCUAUUUAUAUAGCCGCUAAAUUACAUGCAUUGAGUGCUCGUGGUCGCGGUCAAUCCUGGCGUUUAUGCGUUUCAAUUUUGCCGUUGAUUUUAGCAGCUUUGAUAGCAGUUAGUCGAACUUGCGAUUAUCAUCACCAUUGGGAGGAUGUUGUUGCCGGUAGUUUAAUUGGAUUAUUUUGUACUUAUGCAGUUUAUAGACAAUAUUAUCCUUCCGUAUACUCAAUUCAUUGUCAUCGCCCCUAUUUACGAACAUGUGAAAGAUUGACACAUAAUUAUAAUCAGUUGAAUCCACAAUCAAAGACACCUGAGUAUUUAUCUUCAAAUGAAAAAAUCAGUGAAGUGAACGAUCAUGCCGAUGAUGAACGCCGCCCACUUAUUUGAAUCUAACAGUAGCAAUGUUAGCUAUGAAUAGAAGAAUUAACAUUAAAAAUGUAUGAAAAUACUUAUAUGUAAAUAUUUAUUUAUUUCAAUAGGAUAUAUGUGCUAGAUAUACCGAAAA